AUGGAUCACUCUCACAAACCCAGAAGACCCAAAUCCCGGGAAGUCAGUUCCCGCUUCCUAUCUCCCACCACACCCGAACCCUCCUCACUCCCAUCUCCAAACCACCCUCUCUCGCCGGCCCGGAGAAAACCCAGCUCGCCGGUACCCGAUACCCGAAAACCCGAUUCUUCAAUCCGCGGAGGCUUAUGGCCCUCUGCAACGACUCCUUCAAUCAAGAACUUCGACUCCUUAGCUGUCCAUCUCGGAAUCGAUAGACUCAAAGAUCGUACUGACCGUAACAUAUCGACUUUAGUCAAAAGCAGAAGCCGGAGAGAAGAGAACGAGAAAGACAACGCCAAGGAGAAUCAUAGACCGGUCAUCGGAGGGUCAGCAAGAUACACCGGAAAGUUCAAUUUUUCAGGGAAGUCGUCGCCGUCGCCGUCGUCGUAUUCGACUUCAACGUCUUCGAAUAAGCUAGCGGCGGUGGUAGUUCCGGGGAGAUUUUCCGUCGAUGGGAGCGGUGUGUAUCAGAACUCAGGUCGUCGGAGUUUCGAUAAUUUCGCCGACUCUCUCGACUCGGGAUCGGAGAUCAGUGACGCCAGUUCCAGCACGAAUGUCAAUAUCGGCUCUCCCUGUUUCGGGGUUCAGAGCUCGACGGCGAGUUCGAGAAAGCUGGGGGUGGAGGUUUCGUCUAAGUACAUGACUGAUAUUCAAACGAAGCAUAAUCAUCGGAGAUGGACGUCGGAUUCUAAUCUCCGGAAUCCGAGUUCGGCGGAGAGCUCACCGAAAAUGAACAAGUUUAACCUGAAAAAUGUGAUCAAGAGGGCUAAUUCGUUGACCGGGUCAAAGUCCGGGACGACACAGUGGGCGUUGUCGCCGGGGAGGAGCGCGACGCAGCCGGUGCCGGCGGAGAGUUUGGGGAAGUCGACGUCAUUUUCGAGCUUGAAGCCGCCGAAUAGUCCUUCGAAAAGUAAGGGAGUGGAGAAGUUGAUCAAUAUGGGGUUUGAGUUGUUCAAGAGUAGAAAAUCUUCAUCGUCUACUAAGUCACUGGCGAGGUCUAAUUCCGGGUAUGGUGUGACCGAUACCGGUCAUCAACUCCGGUUGCUUCAUAAUAGAUUGAUGCAAUGGCGGUACGCAAAUGCAAGAGCUGAAAUUGUGAAUGAGAAUGUUGCUGAUCAAGCACAGGGGAAUUUUUUUAGUGCUUGUGAUAGUUUAUUGAAGUUGCGGCAAUCUGUGCUGCACAAGAAACUGAAGCUGCAGAAAGAAAGGCUCGAAAUGAAGCUGAACUUAAUACUACAUUCUCAAUUUAAGCCAUUGGAAGAGUGGGGAGAUACGGAAAGGCAACACAUGGGAGCAGUUUCUAUGAUGAAAGAAUGCUUACAUUCUGUUGUGUGUAGAGUACCUCUCGUUGAGGGCGCAAAGGUGGAUACACAAUUAGCUGCCAUCCAUCUUCGAAAUGCUUCAGAUUACUCGGCCUCCAUUAAGUUGAUAUUGGCUACAUUUGCCCCCUCGGCUGAGCAGACUGGUGUGUUGCUCUCAGAAUUAGCAGAGGUGGUUGCGCAAGAAAAGUUGCUUUCUGAUGGGUGUCUUGAGCUCUGUAGAAGCAUAUCAGCACUAGAGAUGGAAGAGAGGAGUUUGAAGUGUAGUAUCAUUCAACUGGAAUCAUGGAAACAAGAGCAAAUUCAGCUGCAACUACAGCAACCAAGACAGGAUAUAAUGCCAUGA